AUGGCUUCGCAAUCAAGAUGGACGAAACCGCUACCAGAAAAAGAAGUCCUCCGCGACUUAAUUGACAAACACUGCAAACAGUGCAAAGACAAACACAGCAAACAGCGCACUAGACGGAAGGCUAAUUCUGCAACCUCUUCAACAUCAGGUGCUGAUUAUCACGAGGCCAAAAACCUCUCUAUCAUGGAAAUAAAGGAGGAACUAGAAGCGCUCAAGCAGAGAUUGGAUGAUCCGGACUUUAGUUUUAUUACACGAGGCGACCGCAACGUGACCUAUCGUGCUUGUAGCGAUGGUGUCAGGCGUCUUACACUGAAAGAUAUAAAUACCCGCUCUAAACCUAGAGAUGAUAAAAGAAACAACAUACGUAAUGUGAUUAAAACUAUUCUCGACUCUAUCAACGAAGAAAUGCGGGAAUCACAUCAAGGGACGUAUUACCAAGGGAGAAAUGCCAAUGAAAACUUCACGAAACGACAAGAGUACGAAAUUAUAGAUGACAUAUGUUGCACUAUAGGGUGCACAACUGCAAGUUUCCCCGUAGAUGCUGCUGAAAAAGCCUAUGUUGGAGGUCUGCUUUCGUGGAUGCAGAAUGAGUUCCCUACCUAUGCUCAAAGCCGGGAUGAUGGGGUGCCCGUCCCUGCUAUGCGUUCAGAAAUUGAUUUGAGGGAUCAUGGAGCCAAGUUCAUAUUGGUCGUGGAAAAGAAAACCUGUUUUGUUGAGCUAUUGCAAAAGAAGUUUUACGAUGAUUAUCCCUGUAUAAUCGUCACGGGGAUGGGAAUGCCCGGGGUAGGGGGCAGAGGAUUUGUAAAGAUACUGUGGGACACUUUCAGGCUUCCAGUGUAUGGCCUUUUCGAUUGUGAUCCAUCAGCCAUCGAAAUGUUCAACACUUAUACUGUUGGGUCGAUUGAAAAGGCCUACGACAAUGUAAGCUUAACUUGCCCGUCUAUGACCUGGUUGGGUGUUUGGCCGAGUGACCUAAGAGACCUUGAGAUAGCUGGCGAGGAUUUGAGUGAAAAGGAUAUUGCAGAAGUAGACAAUCUUUUGAAGAAAGAAUUUGUUAAAGAUAAUCCGAGGUCGAAAGAAGAGCUGAAAGAAAUGAAAAGGACAGGGAAAAAAGCCAACCUGGAAGCUUUGAAGGAGAAAUUUGGACCCGCUUGGUUGUCAAAGGGCUUUUUGCCGUAUAAGUUGCAUCGUCUUUUGACCGAGAAGUGUACUACGCGACGAAUUUAA